AUGCGCUGUUGGCCGAUGCUGUCGAUGUUGCUGCUGUCGAUGCUGCUGCUGUCGAUGCUGUCAAUCCCAGUCCGCACAAGCUCGACGGCGUUGUCGUGCACCACCCUCUGUGUCGGGAGUGCCAGCCCUGCGCGCACAGAGUCCGCCAUGGACUGGCCGUCUGUCCAGCGAUCUUGCAAGGGGGCCCGGGAGGCGCAUAGGUCCGUCCAGGACACGCUGGUGUCUCCUGUAUCCGAGGCGGCCCAGCCCUCCCCGCCAGACCAAGGACAGGAACAAGACUUUGAGCGACCUUCCAGCCUGUGA